GUGUUGUAUCAUUAGUGUGACCUUGUGCCCAAUGUUUACCGAAAUGGACCAAAGAAAAAGUACAUUGCGGUCUUACUGAACCAAAGCAAAACAAGAGGAGCGGAGCGUGAUAAAGGCUUGCAGUUGAAUUCGACCUGGGUCGUUAGUUGGCGGACUUGAACUCUCGCAGAGCUUGGAGCGACAUGGCCGACAAGCGGAAAUACAAGAAGACCAAAGAGGAGAUCCGGCGGGAGAUCGCACGGGAAUUUGAUCUGCCGGAGCGCAAGUCCAAGAUAGCCACUAUACUGAAGCAGGAAGAUCAGGCGUACUGCAUAUGCCGCACCUCCGACUGCUCUAGAUUUAUGAUUGGCUGCGAUGGCUGUGAGGAAUGGUAUCACGGCGACUGCAUCGGGAUCACCGAGAAGGAGGCCAAGCACAUCAAGCAAUACUACUGCCGGCGCUGCAAGAAAGAGAAUCCCGAGUUGCAGACCAUCUUCCGGUUGGUAGCCACCGAACGGGCAGCCGCCUCAAAUGCCGCCUCCACGAGUCUAAAUUCCCCGGGAUCGAGCAUCCCAAAUGCAGCAGCAACUCCUGGUGUUGCUGCACCUGCCCCGGGAGCCCCAGGAACUGCCAACCUCCAGCCUCCGCAAACGGCGCCCAUGAAGCGGAAGAACAGCAACGUGAGGGAACCAAAGGCGGGGAAACGAUGUGGAACCUGCGAGGGAUGCCGGCGUCCCAAUUGCAACCAGUGCGACGCCUGUCGCGUGCGCGUCGGUCACAAGCCUCGUUGCAUAUUCCGCACCUGCGUGGUCCAGCAGGCGGCGGGCAUCAAGGAGACGCCGCAUAAUCAAUCGGGACCGGGGCGAAAGCGAGAGAAGGCCGUCGCCCCGAAGAAUCGUGUGGCGAAGGUCGGCCUUCGGGCGGCCAGUCCCGAAGUUUACCUCAACCCGGAGCUGGAGGGUACACGCCAGUGCCACGGACCCGGCUGCUGUUGCCAGGCUAGGCCACAGAGCAAGUACUGCAGCGAAAAGUGCGGCUUCAAUCUGGCCACCAAUCGGAUUUUCCAGGUGCUGCCGCAGCGCCUGCAGGAGUGGAACCUAACGCCCUGCCGCGCCGCCGAUGACACGCGUAAACAGUUGGAAAGCAUCCGGCAGAAGCAAUCCCUGGUGCGUUUCGCCCUCGCUGAGUUGGAGAAGCGAUCUGAGGAGCUGAACAUGAUUGUGGAGCGGGCCAAGCGCAGUUCCAUCGACACGAUGGGCCCCCACGAUACCGCCGACAUGGAGGAUGAGCAGAGCAUGUACUGCAUCACGUGCGGCCACGAGAUUCACUCGCGGACGGCCAUCAAGCACAUGGAGAAGUGCUUCAACAAAUACGAAUCGCAAGCCAGCUUCGGAAGCAUAUUCCAAACGCGGAUGGAGGGCAAUAAUAUGUUUUGUGAUUUCUACAAUCCAGCUAGUAAAACGUACUGUAAACGAUUAAGGGUUCUGUGUCCGGAGCACAGCAAGGAUCCAAAGGUGAGUGACGCGGAUGUGUGUGGGUCACCGCUAGUGAAUCAGGCCUUUACUCCAACGGGCGAAUUCUGUCGCGCGCAAAAAAACUGUUUCAAGCACUACGCCUGGGAGAAGAUCCGGCGGGCGGAGAUCGAUUUGGAGCGAGUCCGGCAAUGGUUGAAAAUGGACGAUCUGAUGGAGCAGGAGCGGAUGCUGCGACAACAGCUGACCUCGCGGGCGAACCUGCUCGGGCUGAUGCUGCACUCCACCUACAAUCACGAGGUGAUGGACGAGCUGGUGCGCAAACAGCAGGAGCACUUGGCGGAGUUCGAGAAGCAAAAGCGCCGGCAGGCGCACCAGCAACAAAUGCAGGCCCAACAGCAACUUUUCCAGGAGAAGCAGCAACAGCAGCAGCAACUAUUACUCCAACAGCAACAACAGCACCAGCAGCAGCAGCAAAUCCAACAGCAACAACAGCAGCAGCAGCAAAUCCAACAGCAACAACAGCAGCAGCAGCAAAUCCAACAGCAACAACAGCAGCAGCAGCAAAUCCAACAGCAAGUAAUCUAUGUGCAGCGAAAGCCAUAGAUUUCCAUUCCUCUCUAGCCGUAGUUAAAACAAACAAUAAAGUGACAUGCAAGAAACCCUUUUGUACGAGAACCAAGCAAUCUAUUCACUUUCCCCCCACCAUCGCAGGAGGAUAAGCAUAAAAAAGAGUCCUGGUGUCGCGUUUCUCCGGGCAACCGGAAAACACAUUCGCCGGCUGCUAACUUCACGGAAGGAAGGAGGUUGCUACGCGCCGGGAUCGGGGCUACACGCCCAUGUUUGUUAUUGAAAACUAAGCAUCAAAUAUGCAUUUAUUGAUAGCAACCUGCCCACAAAAGGGAAAGGCUAGAUUGGGCUAGCUUAGUUAAGGAAAUCAUUCAAACUGUCUGCAACUAUAUUUUUACUUACCGAUUGCAUUUUGUCUAGAUAAUAAGUCUUUAGGUAUUUUUUAAAACACUUGUAGGCUCAAAAACAGCGUAAAAAAUGGAAAGUUACAAAUUGUGUGAGUUCCAUUAUUUAAUCAACUUUUUCUUUUUUAAAUAGAAUAAUAAAUUAUUUUUUGUUAAAUGUUUUUUAGCAGUAAGAUAUUAUGAUUGCGUAGACAUCGCUUGUAUUUAGGGGCAACUUAAAGAUGUACAUAUUAAAACUGAAAAAUAUCAAUAAAUAUUUUGCUAAGAGAUUUUGAGC